UUUUAAUCAUCAUCAUCAUCACGUCAUGAUAAUCAAUUUUGAAAUUUGAUUUUGAAUUCAAAUCAUUUGCUAUUUAUUUUCAUCAUUGUUUAACAUAUAUAUAACCAUCAUUGUCCAAAUGGUUUUAAUAUGGCAUUUCAAUUUAUUGCAACGCCCGAAAAUCUUCGCCGUGAAGAAUUAAUGGUACAGAUUGCAGAACGUCUAAAAUUGAUUGAUUCUUAUUCGGAAACAUUGUUCAAACGUUUGGAUACAGAAUUUCAGAAUGUUCAAACUAAAUUACAGGAUAUUAAUAAACGAACCGAUAUUUGUGCAAAAAAAAUUUCAUUACUUAAAGAUGAAAAGAAAGCCAUUACGUUGUAUUCACAUUCAAAAUAUCCUAGUCAUGAAAUUAAAGUGAAAGAAUUUUAUGAUAGUUUCCUUAUACUUGAUCGUGACAUUCAUGGAUUGGCCACUAGCAACAACAACAGUAAUAAUGAUAAUGACGAUAAACGGGUUACCAUUGAUGCUACACAUGUUCCAUAUGAUGAUGAUUCGAAAAUGAAAUCACAAUUCUAUAUUUAUGAUAAAAACGUAAAAAAACAGAAGUCAUCAAUACCUGAUCAUCUAUCUGAAUCGAAUAUACCAUGGAGGCAAAUAUCUAGUCUAAGUUCUUUAUUAUUGUUUAAUUCAUCUGAAAACGCCUACACUAUUGGUAGUCCAACAACAUUCGCUAAACGUUGUACGCAAACAGGGAAUAAAAUAAAAUCUAAUGAAAGUGAUUCACAAAAAUUCACUGAAUCAACAUCGACUUCGGAAAAAACGGAUGUUCAAGAUGAUGAUUUUCAAUUGACUUUUCAUACAAAACCUGAUAUACUUGAUGAUUUGCCUGCCGAAUUGCCUUCAUUACCCGGUAUAGCAGAUGAAUUUCGUUUCAAAGAUACUGGUGAAAUGGAUAUUAUUGGUCAUUUAAAUCUACCUGAUUUAGCAUCAUUAUCUAAAUCUACUUUUUCGCCUUCUUCACCACCUUCAUCAAAUCAAUCCGAGCCAAUUGUUGAUAUAAAUGUUGAUAAGCUACCAAAACUGCCCAUUUCUGUUGAAUAUGAUGUUGCAACUCCUCCAUUUAUUCCGCCGCCGCCACCACCACCACCUCCUCCUCCCCCGUCAAUGUUGGAUGAACAAGCGUUAUUGCCAUCACCACCAACAUCACCUCCUUCGGUUUUAUCGGUUGGAUCAAGUCCACAAACUACUAAGAUACAACAGUCAAUUUCACAACAUGGACAAUUGGAUAAUGGUAGAGCUAGUCUUUUGGAAUCAAUUCGAGCAGCUGGUGGUAAACCAAAAAAGAAAACGAUUAAAGAACGAAAACAUGAUGAAAAAUUGAAGAAAAAAGAUGCUUUAGAAGAUUCGAUAACUGAAUCACCAAUGAAUACGUCUAAUCAAACAAAUAAUAAUAACAAAGGUCUUGAUAUGAUGGCUGAACUUCGAAAACGUCUUGAAUCAAGACGUAGCGGCAUUAGUAGUGAUCAUCAACAUAAAUCAAAUAAUACAGAUCGUACAACAACAAUAAAAUUACCGACAUUUGAUGCUGCUUCAACAAUGGCUAAUAUGUCGGCAUUGAUUCCACCACCAUCAACAACAACAUCAAAUCAAAGGAAUGAUGAUAAUGGUGAUGAUGACGAUGAUGAUGAUGAUGAAAAUGACAAAAAUUUCGAAGAUUGGGACUGAACAUGAAUAUAUACAAUUGAUUAUUUAUUCACAACAAUAAAAUUUAUUGAUGAUUUCGAUUUAUAA